AGCCGGGAGGGUGUGCGGCCACACAGCCUGCGAGGGCGGGUGUGUUGCGGGCACCCUGGGGGUGAGGGCUCAAAGCGCAGGGGUUGGUGGACCCCGGGGAGUGGAAUACAGAGGGAGUGGUCUGUCAAGUGUGGGCGUGGUUAAGCACAGACAGAUGUGCAAAUUCUAAGAGCUGUCACUACAAUUAGGUAGCAAAGAAGUUGGCUGUGGGGCUUAUGGUGAAGAUGGAGAACAAAAUUGAGAAGUGUGAUCAUUUAAUUUCAUCUCUGACUCAGGAAAUUGUGGAACUGAAUGAACGGUACAGGGAGAAUACAAGAGAAAUUGCCUUCCAUUCCAGUGCCUACGUCAAGAAGACCUUACUGUCAUUUCAAGGGACCAGUAGUAAUGACGCUGAUGCAGAAGAUGGGAAAACUACGCAGACAAAACCUGCACACUAUGAAAUGGAAAUUCAGUUCUUUAAAGCAAUCACUGGGAUCGAGUUUACAAAAUACUGUAAAAAAACAGAGCACAAAACUGACACAGAGGUCCUUUAUAACCAUAAGCUGGCAGGUCUGUGCCGAUCCUUUUCAUAUGAGAUGGAGUUUAAGACAUUGGAAUCAGAGAGUGAAGGACGUCAUUGCUGUAACGUCACUUACGUCAGUAUUCACAUGGACUGCAAAAAGCAUUCAGAUUUACUGAAGCUGGUAUCCUCGACAGAGAAGUCAAUGAAUCUGCUGGGCUUUUUCUGCUCCCUUUCAAAGUAUGCAGAGUGGUAUGAAUAUCGCAAGAGUACUUUUACUCAGAUUAAGGAAAAAUAUCCACUUGCUGUUGGACUUCCACUUGGAUCUUGUGCAGAUUGUCUGGUACUGAUGAACCCUGAGCUCCCUGGGUUUGAGCUGAUGCUGGUGUGGAAGAUCACCAUAAAUGGAGAAGGUGCGGUGAUACCAGUCUUGGACUUAUUACCACAUGUACCAGAACAAGCAGCAGCUCUGGAUAAAACAGGAGUACUGGAAUCUGCUGCACUGGGAUUCAAGACUCUACUUCAGGUCUUUGGCAUUCAAGGGUCCAUUGAGAAUAUCAUUCAAUCAUUUUGCCUAACAAAAGCCAGUGACUAAGGAAGGAACUACAAUACGGAGCAAUGAAUAAGUAACAUCUUCCACUUCUGAAAUUGCAAUAUUUUUAUUGAAUAUAAACCUUGUAGUUGUUUUGGAUUUACAAACCAUAUACAUAAGACAUGCUGUAUGUACAGUAAACAUGGCACAUUAUAUAUAAUUUAUCAUAACAUGGAAAAUAAAUAAACCAUUAAAACUAAAUGAGA